CGCCGUUGCACAGCUGCAGCCGAUCGAUUAUCAUUCGACGCCGAAUACACAAUAUUCUAUAGUUGUCCAAGACCGACCCGCAGUGCCCACAACGCUUGCCUAUCUGUACCGACGUCAUGGACAAUCUCAGGUUACUGGUAGACUACGACGACUCCUCAUCCCACUCCACCUUGUCCGACAACUCCUUCGACUCGGAUGUCGACGAAAUCCCGGCCGACAACUGGACGGUCCGGUCCGACGACGACGGAUACGACAGCGUGGGUGACACGUCGGAACCCGAAGAGAUAUUAGUGGACAAGCGAUAUCCGACGCCACAGCCGCCGCCGCCGUUGGCCAUACCUUUCGUUCAGAUCGAUGGUGAGGUGGCACCCAUCGUAAACAUGAACCGAAGACCACGACGACUGGAAGACCGUUAUCACCCGUACGCCAGAGAACUGUCCUUCGGGUACGAAGACUCGGGCCACCCGCUCAGGAGUGCUCUCAGAAGUUCGGAGCUAGUGCAAGGCCAAGGCACGUUCAACGGGUUCGAGUACCGUCUUAUACCUAGAAGAAUUACCGGCGCGGUCAUCAAGCGCCGGCAACUCUUCUACUUUGUCGAGUGGAUCGGAGGAACGAAUAGACCCUUUCCGGUCGAGGCCCACGUCAUGUCCCGCUAUUCCCCCAGUAUGGUGAUAAGAUAUCACCAAAACUUGUCAAUCAAUCCAUCUACAUACCGUAAUUUAUAA